UGUAGGUGUAGGUGGGGGGGGUGCGGGCCGGGAAAGUGUACCUUUCUCGGGUGCAGUGUGUGUGUAUGUGUGUGUGUGUGUGUGUAUGUGUAGAUGGGGGGGUGGCGGGCCAGGGUGCUGCCCCCUCUCGGGCUGAGCAAUGGCCUGCGUCUGCCGCCUCCUCAGUGCAGGCCGCUGCCCGCGCUCCUCCUCUGCCUUAGUGUCUGAAAGUGUUGAAGUCACACCUGCUGGGCUCCUGGUGUCCUAAUCACUUUCCAAAUGCUUCUCCUCCAGGCUUUGGCCCCGCGCCCUGCGAAGGCUGGACUCCAGGGCGUCCGCUCUGCGCCAGCACGGUUGAGUGAAGAGCCCCGGAAUGCCGACGGCUGACCCCGGCCUUCCCUUAUGAACCUUGUGUGGUGGCCGGUGAAGCUUCCUCAGCAGUGGCAGGAUGACGUCCGCAGUGGUGGACAGCGGAGCUCUUCUGGAGCUUCCCAGCGGUGGCUUGAAACGCCAAGAGGGAAGCGAGAAGGUUCCCGAGUACCCGGCCGUGAUCGUGGAGCCGGUGCCGAGCGCCAGGCUGGAGCAGGGCUACGCGGCGCAGGUGCUGGUGUACGACGACGAGACGUACCUGAUGCAGGACGUGGCGGAGGAGCAGGAGGUGGAGACGGAGACCGUGGAGACGGUGGAGGCGUCUGUUCACGGCAGCAGCACGCACUGUAUGGACAAGACCAUCGAGGCUGCCGAAGCGCUGCUCCACAUGGAGUCUCCCACCUGCCUGCGGGAGUCGAGGAGCCCCGAAUUUAUCCACGCUGCUAUGCGACCCGACGUCAUUACUGAAACGGUAGUGGAGGUGUCGACAGAGGAGUCUGAGCCCAUGGACACCUCUCCGAUACCCACAUCUCCCGAGAGCCACGAGCCCAUGAGAAAGAAAAAAGUUGGCCGUAAACCAAAGACCCAGCAAUCACCAAUUUCCAAUGGGUCUCCUGAGUUAGGUAUAAAGAAGAAGCCCAGGGAAGGAAAAGGAAACACAACCUACUUGUGGGAGUUUCUUCUAGAUCUCCUUCAAGAUAAAAAUACGUGUCCCCGGUAUAUUAAGUGGACUCAGAGAGAAAAGGGCAUAUUCAAGCUUGUGGACUCGAAGGCUGUGUCGAAGCUUUGGGGCAAGCAUAAGAACAAGCCAGACAUGAACUAUGAAACGAUGGGACGGGCUCUGAGGUACUACUACCAGAGGGGCAUUCUGGCCAAGGUAGAGGGACAGCGGCUUGUCUACCAGUUCAAGGACAUGCCCAAAAACAUCGUGGUCAUCGAUGACGACAAGAGUGAAGCCUGCAGUGAAGAGCUGGCAGCGGCUCCCGACGACAAGUCCCUGGAGCGCGUGUCGGUGUCUGCAGAAAGCCUCCUGAAGGCGGCGGCCUCCGUACGCGGCGGGAAGAACGCCUCGCCGCUCAGCUGCGCCCGGGCAGACAAGGGCGUCGCUCGGGUGCUGAAUAUCACGUCCCCCGGUCAUGACUCUUCAUCCAGAUCGCCACCUGCCACGGCUUCUGUGGCCUCUCCAGCAGCUCCACGGACGGUUCGUGUGGCGAUGCAGGUCCCUGUUGUAAUGACAUCACUGGGUCAGAAAAUCUCCACCGUGGCCGUCCAGUCCGUGAACGCGGGUGCGCCGCUAGUCAGCAGCAGCAGCCCCAGCGCCGCGAGCUCCCCGAAGGUGGUGAUCCAGACCAUCCCCACCGUGAUGCCCACCGCGGCUGAGAGCGGAGACAAAAUCACCAUGCAGCCUGCCAAGAUCAUCACCAUCCCGGCCACGCAGCUGGCGCAGUGCCAGCUGCAGACCAAGUCCAGCCUGCCCGGCUCAGGCAGCAUUAACAUUGUGGGCACCCCUCUGGCUGUGAGAGCACUGACCCCCGUGUCCAUCGCGCACGGCACCCCCGUCAUGAGACUCUCCGUGCCUGCGCCCCAGGCCUCCAGCCAGACGCCCCCCCGGGUUAUCAGUGCGGUCCUCAAAGGGCCUGAGGCGCAGGCCGAAGCCCUGGCCAAAAGGCCGGAGCACGACGGGAAGGCCUUGCAGCUGGCCCAGGAGGAAAAGCCCGCCGACGGGGGGAAGACGGUCACCCACGUCGUGGUGGUGAGCGCGCCGUCUGCCAUCGCCCUUCCCGUCACCAUGAAAACGGAAGGACUCGUGACCUGUGAGAAGUGAGGCUGUCCUCGACGGCACUGACAGAACACUUGGAGGGCGGCAGCGGGACAGUCUCGGAGACUGACUUUAGACGCUGGAAUCGUGCAAGGAAAUCAUCUUACUGGAGCCGAUUACCUUCCCCAUGUUUCAGUGGGGAGUGAACGCCAGACCCGAUGCUGACGGCAACUGCCUCUCCCGGUGGGCCGCGGAGCCCGAACACCAGAAGGCUCAGAGGGACCAAGCCAGUCACUACAAUGUCAGUCACACUACGCCUCGGCACACUAACGUUCUGUAAGAGGGACAGUCCACGGGAGGGGCGGGCGAUCGCAGUGUUACCUAGAGCGAUUCUCCAUGCAUUUUACAUGCAUACCAGCAAUUCUUACUGUGUUCACACAGAACUCACUUAACUGGUGCUAUGUGAAGACUCUGCUAAUAUAGUUCUUGUAGAAUGUGAAUUGAAGAACGGAUCCAAAAGCUUCAGAAAGAGGAGAGCAAAAAUGACCUAGUGUGUUUUUUUUCCUUUUUUUUCUUUUUCUUUUUUUUUUUUUUUUAUCAUAUAGCUUUUAAGCUGAUUUAAAACAAAGGCCUUAGACUAAUUUUCGGUUUUCUUUCUUGAAAUAAGCUAAUGGCUUGUUUGUGUAAAGCUUUUUUAUUAAAGAAAAUUUUAAAAAUCUUGUACCUAGCACAGUAUUGUUAUAGAAUUUACAUGUAACAUUUUAUAUGGUAGUUUAAGUCUGUCAGUUUCUUAAUUGUGGACAAAUUCACAGUUGGCUCCGGCCCUUUGCUGUCACACACCUGUGUCACUCAGCAGCCCUGCAUCGGUGCCGACAUGGCAGUUCAGGCCCAGCAUGAAUUUUUGUCAGAUAGCUCUAAUACCUGGAGUUCUCUUUUCUUUUUUUUUUUUAGUUGAAGUUUAAGAGGGAAAGUACCAGUGUUCAGAUUUGAACUAUAAUAGUUUGUAUAUUCAACAUUUGAAGUAUAUUCUAUUUUGUUGUACUCUUGUUUCAAAGUGUAUUCAAGUAGGUUUUCUGAAAUAUAGAUAUGAAAUUUA